ACCAAGUUACAACUACUACACACGCACACACACAAUCCUAGCUAAUAAGCCACCAUGUCGCCUCAGUCUUUCACCUUGGAGACCACCACCACCACGCCUGCUGCCAAGGGGUCAGACCCUUCCUACUUCCAAUCCGCUCCAGCUUGCCAUGAGAUGAUCCAGCACAAGGAGCUUCUUCUCCACUUGUACGCCUACCAGAACGUCCAGAAAACCCCAGAUGCUAACCAGGCAGUCAUAGUUGAGUCGAAGCGCCCCGAGUGUUUCGGAAUCCUCGCUGCUAAUGACUGGACCGUGUAUGAUGGUCCUGCCCACAAUGCAAACCUUGUCGCGCACGCUCAAGGUUUGCACCUCGGGGCUAGCAUGGCCAAAGAGAACUGGUUCAUUUGUUUCAACAUGGUCUUCGUCAAUCAGAGGUUUACAGGUUCCAGUUUCAAGGUGAUGGGGGACUUUCAGGGCACCGCCCACAACGGUGAAUGGGCAAUCGUUGGUGGGACCGGAGAGUUUGCAUAUGCACAAGGUGUCAUCGCCUUCAAGAAGACCCAACAAUCCGAGAGAAACGCCAGGAUGGAGCUUCAUGUUCGUGCUAUGUGCCUCUCCUUCUUAAGACCUCUGCUUUCUCUAGGUGACGGGAGCGCCGUCGCCAAGAUCGGCCCUUGGGGUAAAAUGAGUGGAGAGUUACUCGACAUCCCCUCGACACCGCAGCGUUUAGAGCGCAUCACCAUCCGCCAUGGCGUUGUCAUUGAUUCACUUGCAUUUUCCUUCAUUGACAAAGCUGGUGAACCAUAUAACGUUGGCCCGUGGGGUGGCCGACGUGGGGAUAACAAGGACACGAUCGAGCUUGCCCCUUCAGAGAUCGUUACGGAAGUCUCUGGGACAGUUGGUAUCUUUGCAGAAGACAAUGUCGAAUAUAAUGCUAUAGCAUCCCUCACCAUUACCACAAACCACCGCCCGUACGGUCCCUUCGGAGAAACACAGAGCACCCCUUUCAGUGUUCCAGUGCAGGACAAUAAUAACAUCGUGGGUUUCUUUGCGUGCGCUGGUAAAUACGUGGAGGCUCUCGGGGUUUACGUGCGUUCACCCGUUUCAACCUAGUACGUGCCUGGGUGUUGUGUCACACCCUGUAUGUCUUCCAUGUUUCUAUGUUGUGGCAAUAAGGAAGAAGUGUGUUACUAUCUAUUUGUGGUGUAAUGUUAUAUUUUUGUAAGCUUGUUGGUUUACUUAUCAGCACAGUUCUCUUAUCAAUCAAUGCAAAAUAAUGUUUGUACC